AUGAGCACUCCUGCAGAACCCCAUUCAUGCGACCUCUGCCAAACAAGAUUAACUCUCACAUUUGGCAACUAUUACUCUGACCAGGGCUGGUUUGAGCUCAUAGAAGAAAAUUACUACGCCACAGGAGAAGCUUACGUCUUCAAUAUCGCAUAUGACGAGGCAUUAUCGUUGGCAGAUCAAGGCUGCGAACUAUUCAAAUGGCUUGUGACUCUUCGUCGCGAUGAUACUCACUCGCAGAGUUACCUGCGCGCCUACUUUGCGCACAACUCGAGAGAGCAGAUGGUCCUCGAUUGGGUGGGCGAGCUGGAUGAUCACAUUGAUGGAGGGACUUUGGAGAGGAAGCUAAUUGUUUGUGCAGAAAAGGAUGAAUUGGCCGCGAAGGAGGUUACCUACAGACCACCUAGCCUAUUUCCAUCAUCCAGAGAGACAACCACAGCUAUCAAAUCCUGGCUUCAGGAAUGCUCUGAAACACACACAGAGUGCCAGCAGCUUCAAAACAAUACCAAGUCUCUCGGAAAGUUGGCUUCGGCUCCUCGUCGUCUGCUACAUCUGUCCGGAAACGCUUCGCAUCCCAUAAUACGGCUUCAAGAAAAUUAUUCACGCGGCAGAGCGCCCCAAUACAUUGCUUUGAGCUACUGUUGGGGCGGAGAUCAGCCCUUCAAGCUUUUAAACAAUCUCGUGCAGUUGUGGGUAAAAGACAUGCCUUAUGCUCCGUUGCCGCAGACGAUUAAAGACGCUAUCCAAGUAACAAUGGACCUAGGCCUACAACAUCUCUGGAUCGACGCCCUUUGCAUCAUCCAAGACUCAGAUCAGGAUAAAGCAGAGCAAAUUUCGCGCAUGGCAGAUAUUUACGAGCAAGCGCACGUCACCAUCUCUGCUGCUAGAGCAACCGCCGUUCCUGAAGGUUUUCUCCAUAGCCGAUAUAUCGCUGGGGAACAAAGCUUUCGGAUGCCAUUCACAUGCGAAGAUGGACAACCAAGUGCAGUGAUACUCUGGCAAGGCAGAGAGCCAGAUGCGUGGGAGCCCAUAGACAAGCGAUCUUGGUGUCUUCAAGAAUCCAUCCUGUCACCGCGAAUGCUUGAAUAUGGCACGCAUAAUAUCAGAUACCACUGCGCUCGAAGCCGAGCGGAUGAUUCCCAGCUGCAAUCCGACGGCUGGAUCGGACACUCCAAGACAUUCGCCCAGCUAAACAUGUCUCAUCCGCUUACAUCCAGCGUUGACUGGGCAAGUCUCGACGACCCUUACAAAUUCGUCCAAGUCUGGCAAACGCUCGUAUCGCAUUACACGCGCCGCGGUCUAGGCUGGUACCAGGACAAGCUCCUCGCCAUCUCGGCCAUCGCUAGAAAAAUGAGCCGCAGCGCCAACAAGACUUACAUCGCAGGGCUAUGGAGAGAACAUCUCGGUGAGCUUUUGCUAUGGCAUCCGAACCACGACCCGGAUGCGCAAGAGACUCCGCGUCGACAUGCUACGUAUGUUGCGCCUUCUUGGUCAUGGGGCUCGUUCAAUGGUGAGAUUGACUUUACGUUUGGGGCAAGCUUGCACUUGCUGGAGCUUGUGAGUUAUGAGGUUGUUACGACAAUGGCGAAUGACGAGUUCAGUGCGGUAACAGCUGCGAGACUUGAGAUUAAGACGCUGUUGUUUCGAGCGAGGAUCCGAAAAGGCUUUUAUGGGUGGUCGUUGUGGGAUGAGCAGACGCAGGAUGAAGUGGACGGAUCCAUCCGGUUUGAUGUAGCCGAGGAUGCUGUUGAUGGUGAAGUUGCGGAAGAUGAGCAAGUAUUGUUGGCACUAGUCAUGUCUCAAGAUGCGCUGCUUUUGAAGAAAGCACAAAAUACUACUAGCAGUGGCGAUGUUUACACACGAAUUGGGAUAUAUAGAGAGGGACAGCGCUCGACAAAUAGGCCACAGUGGGAAAUGGGCCAAGUUGUCAUCAUAUAA